AUGGGUUUACAGACAAUUAUAGGUGUCAUUCUUGGGAAAACUGAUCCAAAAGGAUUUCAAAAUCGAAAAAGUCCUGAGAAAGAACGAUUCACCUUUGAUUUUGUUUUGCGGGAUUCCCCAAACUAUUUUAUUAAUGUGGAAUGUUGGGGCGACGAUAUAUUCAUUCACAACCUCUCAAGAAGCUUCAGGAUUGGAGAAGUUGUGAAAGUCCAGAAUCCCCUUGUCCGAACCAAGGAUAUCGAACAGGAUGAGAAGUUCAGGCCAUGGACUCCAAGCCCUUACAAACUGACUCUCAGCGAAAACCACUCUGCUGUGGCUUUGUGCUCCGGAGAAGAAGGCUCGAGUAUGAUGCCUCUCUUGCACCUGCCCACGAAGGAAAGCCACGAUUACUACACACUCUCUGACAUCCUCGCUAAUGGCCAGAACUUGCAAGGAGAAGUCAUCAACAUCCUCGUUGGCGUCAGGACUGUUUCAGAGCCAAAAGCUUUUGUAACCAAGGACAACAGGCCGGGACAGAACUGUGAUGUGAUCCUCUUUGAUGAAACUGUCAACUCGUUUCAUUUUGUGCUCUGGAAUAAAGAAGCUAUACAGCUUGCACAGACGUGGGAACCUAGGAAAACAGUGAUAUUUGCGGCCGACGUGAAGGUCAGUUUUGACAAAUAUCGGCAGUCCAUGGUUGCCACAGCAAUCUCCAAGACCAUCAUCACUACCAAUCCAAAUACCCAGGAGGCACAGCUUCUCUUUACUUAUGCAAAUGACUACUUUGCAGCAGGAAAUUUUGAGGAAGACAUUUCUCCGGAAGGCCUCAAAACACUUGACUUCAACACCAUAAAGGACGUCUUUACCAUUGAGCAGAUGAAGGAAAAGGAGGUGUCUCUCCGAGCGUCAGAAUCGCCCGUGCCUGUCUGGGGCGUCGCGUGCAUGUUCGUCUCCAUGCUCAAUGUCGACGACAGCGCCGGCAAAGUCAUGAGAGUACGAUGUUCUUUGUGCAAUUGCUCGGUAGAUCCCUACAGUCAGGUGUGCACAAACGACAACUGCGACGCCACUCUGCUAAACAACACAGUAACCGUCAGGACGUUCGAGAUGCAGAUGGAGAUUGCCGACUACACCGGAAGCCUCAACAACUGCUGGGUCACAGGGGCCGUGGCCGAAAAGAUGCUGGGCUGCACGGUGGAUGCAUUUUCCCAAAUGACUGAUGUUCAGAAGACAGAGCUGAAAUGGAGGGUGCUGUUGGAGCGAUGCAAGAUCUACUUCAAGAUAGUUUACCGAAGCACUUCUCACAGUACCCGAGUGCAUAUUCUCUCGUGCGAAUUAGCCAAUCUCAAGGAGGUGACUAAAUUUGUCGUUCAAUAAAUGUCCACGUGGCUCACAGCCCGGCUUAUGAAUUAUUAAUUAUAUAUUUAACCGCGACAGCCAAUGACAAGAAUAUGAAUGUUAAAGUGUAUCGUUUGGUUCUAAAUUUAAUCUUUAAUUCAGACCGUGACUAAUAAUCCCUACGAAAAAAACUCGUGGCGGUACACAGGAAGAAAGCUGCGUAAUUUAUUUUAUUUCUUAAAAGUUGGGGGUUGUUUUCAUAUGAGUAAUGCCCUUUUGCAGUAUAAGUAAAGAUAAAGGUGCAGCCCUGCAAUGGCGUGCCGACACCACUCUUGGCAGAAGGGCUAACGGUAAAAGACUCUCUAGAGAGACCCUUUAGCGGGUAUUUGGCCUACUUUUCCACUCUGGUCAGAUGUCUUGGAAUAUCUGUGAGUUCCCUCAUUUUACGCCACCACACCUAUAACUGGUGUACCUAUUUAUUCUUGGUUGCAUAAAGGUGGGGGGGCGGGGGGGGGGGCGGAUUGGAUAAACUUGCCUAUCGUUUCAACUGCCACGCUGGGAGAUUGAACCGACCACCACUGGAUUGCUCACCAUUACAGUAUAUAGAUGAGUUUAAAAAAAUGCUGCCUGGAUGUCUCUUAACUGCAGAACUCAAAUCAUAAUGAGAUAGUCGCUCAUUUAAGUCCCAGUUAGAAAUUGACUCAGCCCACCCCCGGGUAGAUAAAAAUGAGCACAUCUUUGUGGAAAUCUAACACUGUUUGCCUUUCGGCAUUGAUCUGGUCAUUGAGUGGGGAGACAGAUACUUUGAAACGAAGCACUCUUUGAUUUUUCGUCUUUGUACAUUUGUAUUUUGUGCGGAGUUUUCGAAAGGCAUUGUGCUUUAUUUUAUUAAUAUGUUGAAGAAAGAAACAUUCCUGGUAAAAGCAUCUGGAAAAAAAAACCCCAUCUAAAUAAUUAACAUUGAGUACAGUAGUCGGUUUUUGCCUCAUUGUUUGAGAAUACAUCUUGCAGUUUUCACGUUAAUCGUUUGCCUUUAAAUGUUCGCGUAUUAAUACAAUUAACAUUUUUUUUAAAUGUCCAGUUGAUGUUUCCCUAGAGAGUGGAGCACUGUUUGGUACAUAUGUACCCAUGUAUUUAACAAGGUGACAGAUGCCAAUGGUUAAUACAAUCAUACAAAAGGUAAUACGAUUAAGAUGUGUGUGCCUGCACAUUUACGGCUUGAAACACAGUGUGUUUUUGUGCUAUAAAUUCAAUAACAUUACUCUGCAAAGCGUGAAGGUUAAUUUUCAAAAUAUGUAUCGGCUCACAAUGCAUAACAUGUUAUUUUAAAUGACAAACGCAGCAUUUGCCUCGAGAAUUCCACGAUGUUCACUCAGCCACAUGGAUGGUCUCUCAUCAACCAUCAAUAGGAAAAAUAUUGUUUCUUAUUGUAAUUUAUUUAGUCGCGCUGUUUAGGUUACCUAGGAAUUCUUCCCCCCAAGGUGCUGGCUGUCUUCUUCUUUAUCCCAGUGUGUUAGAAGCCAGAUAUCAGCAGCUGCUGUCCUUGAAAUUUGCACGCUUCAGAUUGAAAGCGUCCUUCAUGCUUUAGAGCAACUGUUCAAUUCUUACGUACGCACGUCGCGUCUGAAAUGGUCUCAGACUUUAUAUGUUUUAGGGACAUUUGUCCUAAAAACGUGUCAACGGUUAAACAAAAUUCUUUAAGCAAUUAACCUUUGUGAAUGAAUAGGUUAAGUGUGAGAAAUGUAUAUUUAUUCUAGACAUCUGACAGAAUGUGUGGUAAUUUCACUGGUAACAUUUACACGCACAAUUCAGACAUGUCUGAAUUCAGUGGGAACAACGGUGGCGAGUGGACGCCACGGCGUGAUGUUAACAACCUCGCCUGGUAUACAGAGGAGUUCGUGGGUUCGAUCCCGACCCUGACGCCUGCUGUAUAUUUGGAGUCUGCAUGUUGUCUCCGUGGUCACAAGGAUUUUCCCAGGGCCCUCCAGUGUUUCCCUCCACGUUUAGAAACUUGCGUUUAGAGUAUUUGCCUGCUAUAAAUUCACAGAUUAUAAGCCACUUAGUUGAGCUAUCAUUUUUGGCCAGUUGGCUUCUGAAAAACAGCUACAUAGCUCAGUGGGCCUUACCUGGUAAAAUACAGAAUAGUGUUAUGUCGGACAGCUCAUUCUGUAACGCCAGCUUGCUUUGUAAGCACAUUUUCAUACCUCUUUUCCACUUGCACAUCUGAUCCGUGCUGGGGACCAUGCCAAGCCAACGCAGAGCAGGGUCAUGGAAGCGCGGGUUGCUUUGCCAUCGCACAAGCCGUGCUGUGCCACUGACAUCACACGCAAUUCGUGACGUCAUGACGCGCGUAAAUGUCGCGGUGACGUUUUUUUUUAGCCUUGGCCUGAAUGACGUAAGACGCAUUGUGCACGUCAUUAACCCUGCCCCUAGCGUUGUGUUGGAUCUGAACCCGAUGGUCUUGCGAGAUCAAUGCAGCCUCUCUUAUUUCCGGCUUCCGGCUUUGCUCAGUAACAUGUCAGUGGAAAACCAUCCGUACCGUGAUGACCACAGGCUGCCACAGCUCAGAUGUCCUGGUGUCAAAGGGAAUAUGAGACAUCAAACGAUGCUGAUGUCACAGUUGUAUGUAUUGGACUAUAAUUCUGUCGUGAUAAAAUUGCUCGUGAAUAUGCUCAUUGUAAUUUGUAUUAAAUAUCCGUUGCCCUAUGUUUAAUAAAAGAGCCUAAAUUGA